GCAAAGCAGGAGUCUGAGCGAGGAAGGGCCACGCCCCCUGAGGUUGAGGCGUAUUGCCUAAAAACACUGAGAGCGGGAGUUCUCCACGUGACACUUGACGGGCCGCGGAUUGGAGGAGGAGCCGCCAAACAGACGCGUUCUGUUCUGAAAUGGGCGGGAGGAAAAGAGGCGGGGCGCCGGACAAAGACGCGCGGCGGCGGCGCACUUCCUCCUCCAGGCCCUCUCAGUCUAGAGCGGAGGGGCGUUCCUCUCCUAGGUCCCGCCUACGCGUCAAUCUUCAGGUUCGGGUGGGUGGAGCCGUGCGGACAGAGGCUAUCCGGCUAGCUUGCGUCACUUAUCCCGCCCCCUUGUGCUGUUGUGUGUCUAUGGGAGGCUGCUGCUGCUUUUGAUAUUCUGUGGACUGCCGCGCAACAGCGGAAGAGAAGGGAGCGGCGGAACGGGAACGAGCAGACGUCGCAGCAGCAGGCGCUAGCGCUAGAAGAGAACGGAGGAGUGACAGACGCCGGCUUGCGGCCUUCCAGAGUAAGCAGCAUCAUAUAUUUUAUUGUCAAGAAAAGAAAACCAUGUCUGGUUCAAGUGACUUCAGUGACCCAGUUUACAAAGAGAUUUCUCUGACGAAUGGCCAUAUCAACAGAAUGAGCAGAGAUGAACUUAGAGCUAAACUUGCUGAAUUCAAGCUUGACACCAGAGGAGUGAAAGAUGUUUUGAAAAAGAGACUGAAAAACUACUAUAAGAAAGAAAAGUUAAUGCAAAACCAGACUAUGAAUGCAGAUAAUUACUAUGAUUACAUCUGUGUUAUUGACUUUGAAGCAACUUGUGAAGAAGGAAAUCCUCCUGAAUCUACACAUGAAAUCAUUGAAUUUCCUAUUGUCUUGUUAAACACUCGGACAUUAGAAAUUGAGGACACAUUUCAACAGUAUGUGAAACCAGAGAUUAAUCCUCACCUUUCAGAAUUCUGCAUUAAUUUGACAGGAAUCUCUCAGGACCUUGUAGAUAAAGCAGAUGAAUUUCCAAAGGUUCUGCAACAUGCUGUGGACUGGAUGAAACAGAAAGAACUGGGAAGCAAAUAUAGCUAUUCCAUAUUAACAGAUGGAUCUUGGGAUAUGAGUAAAUUUUUGAAUAUUCAGUGUCGCAUUAGCCGUCUGAAAUAUCCUUCUUUUGCUAAGAAGUGGAUCAAUAUUCGCAAAUCCUAUGGGAACUUCUACAAGGUUCCCAGAAGCCAAAUUAGACUUUCAACCAUGCUUGAAAAGCUGGGAAUGGACUAUGAUGGACGGCCUCACAGUGGGCUUGAUGACUCUAAGAACAUUGCGCGCAUAGCAAUUCGUAUGCUUCAAGAUGGUUGUGAGCUUCGGGUGAAUGAAAGAUUGCAUGGCGGGCUGUUACUGACUGUCUCCUCCACUGUCCCAAUAGAGGGAGCUCCUGUACCACUAAUGCCAAGUUUACGAUAAAAACUAAACAUUGAAUUACAUUGCAUUGAGGACCAUACCCAAGAACGCUAGGACUUCAGAAGACUUCCAAGGAGCUUAAAAACUGGUAUCUGUUUCCCAGUUUAACAACUCACUGGAAUUUACAGUUUGUCACAAAACCACUAGUGUUAAUGUUGGGUUGUGUUUAUGGCCGCCUCGGGUUGGUUGUGCUAGGUUUGGUAGUUAAGAUAGCUUUCUGUAAAAUGUAAAGUCAAAACUAGAAACAUAGAAUUGAGUCCACAGGUGUUACACCGUUCUUUGCUCCUUCAGUAUGAAAUAGAUAAUUGCAACACUGUUGAACAACACCUUUGAAUGUGCUGUAUCUCUUUUGUAGCAUACAAGGAUCUCCUUGACUUUGUGAAACAGUGGCCAAAUCGACUUUACCUUCUGCUCAUAUUUCAUAACUUACCUGUUACUUUUUGCAAAUCUUGCUCCAGGAGAGGGAAAUUCAGUUUUUAAGUUUGCCCGGCUUUAGCCCAACUAAUAGCAAUUUCAUACAGUAAUAACAAACAUUUUUCUUUUUUGUAUUCAGAAAUGUUUAGGCCUUUAAUUGGCCAAAAUUAAGCGCCUUAAAUUGUUGACUUUGGCAUGUGCAUAAUGCUCUCCCAUUUAAAUAAGUGGAACUCGAAAGGGCUUGAUUUUGGCUGGAAUAUGUUUCUGUUUAUUUUUCUUCCUUCCAUUAUGAAUGAAAUAGUUUGGUUUGAUUACUCGACCAUUCUACCUCUGUUGUAAAAGGAUUAGUGGAGAAGCUUAUUUCCAUAAUAUUUUACAGUAAUAAGAUUUGGAUUUCAUGUGAUUAUUGUAUAAGUUUAUUUCUAUGACCAAAGACAAACUCUUACAUAUAUAACUAUGCCAAACAGCCUGCAAAGUGUAUAAAGCUUUGUUUUGAAGUUGACAUAAAUACAAGUCCAGUUUCUAUUGGUACAUAAAAUAUUACAGAAAGGUGCACAUCUUUUUUAUCUUGUGUUGAUGAGUGGAUGCUUGUCUUUUGAACUAUCCUCCCCUUCUCAAGUAACUCUGCUUUGCUUAUAUGCACGUUAAUCUAUUUUAUCUUCAAAACAACCCAGAAAGAGUGUUUGAGUAGCUCAGAUUUCAUAAGGCUCUUCAGGGCUGAGCAUGAAUUCAAAUCCAGAUCUUCAGUUUCCAACACUUAUCCAUUCCCCUGCACUGGGUUUUUGGUUCUAUGUGUAGAUAAACUCACAAUAAUGUUUAACACUCUAUGGUAUUUGUUUAAUAAGACCAUCCAAAGCAAAAAAAAUACAGUAAGCCCGCAGCUUACAUGGGGGUCACAUUCCAGGGAUAAUGUCUAAAGCAAAGAUUGUGUGUAUUAAAAAAAAAAUGGGUUCAAUGGCAGAUGGGAUUGCCAAAGUCUUUUCCUAGAUGCCCGCUCCUUUCUGCCUGCUAGCUAGCUAGCUAGCUAGCGAUUGAUUGAUUGAUUGAUCGUUCGAUCACCAAACACAUAAAGCUAAAUGUGCCUAAGUUAAACGUACAUAAGUUGCAGGAUCACUGUACACCAAAACAAAAGAUAAUGCAUAUCCUGUACAAAAUAUUACUGGGCUAUAACUAUCUCAUUGUGCAAAAUACAUAACAGUCCUUAAAUGAACUCUAAGCUAAUCACAGUCAAAGUAAUACCAUAAAUACCGUAUUUUUCCGUGUAUAAGACACCCCAUAUCUUGGGGGACUAAAUUUAAAGAAAAUGAGGGGAGCUGGCCCAAAGUUGUUGAGCUUUUUUAGGGGUAAUUGCAUGCGUGCCAUCACUCCAGCAGAGCCGUUGCUGAGGGCUGGCAAAAUGGGCAGCCAUUCCCCCUAUGCCACUGUGGGCAGGAAACGGAGUACGAGCCACCAGCCAGCUGGCUGGCUGGCUGCCUGCAGAUUCCCCUUCACACUGCUGCAGGAACCACUCCCUAGAGCCUGUGCCUCCUGCAGCGGCAUGGGCCGGAGUUGCGUGCCCACCAACCUGCUGGCUGGCAGCGUGCAGCUCCCCCCCCCCACUGUCCGUGUAUAGGACGACCCCAGUUUUUUGACAUGAUUUUUGAGUCAAAAAACCUCAUCUAAUACACAGAAAAAUAUGGUACUCAUCUUCUGCUAUGAAUUCAUAGACAACAGAGUCUUGCGGCACCUUAAAGACUAACCCAUUUUAUUAUGGCAUAAGCUGUCCUGGUUUGCAGUCCACUUCAUGAGAGGCGUAUGUUACCUUGAGUUGCAGUUCAAAUAUAAUAGGUAACACUGACAUUGGUAAGCCAAUAAAAUAAAAACCAUCUCAAGCCGUAAAAUAACUAAAGAUGCACCACACUACCAGCUAUUGACUUUUGAUAAAUUGAUUCAAAGAAGCUUGUCUCCUAUUGCUGCAGCAAAUAUUUCUUCUCACAUUACAUUUCAUGCCACAAAAUGUGGUGAAGCCCUCUAGGUUAAAUGGCUUUUAACGUGAGAGAUAGACAAAUUGGCUAUGAGGCAUGAGAAGGGGGACCAGCAACAAAAUAUAGUGUAGUGUUGUUUAGUGCUUUCUGAUUCCCCCCCCCCAUCCCAUCAUUAGCAUCCCAUUCCCACUAAGCAUGCACAGUCCUCAUUAGGCUGUUUCUGGGGUUUUCCCCACCAGGGUUUCUCCACCUUUUUAAAAAAUACUUAACACCUCCCUCCUGUGCAUGAAUGGCAUUGUUUUAGCUAGGAUCAAACUCAGAUAAUGAAUUCAUUAAUAUAGAGGAUAGCUACCGGUAUUACAUUUAUGCCCUGUUUGUGGUCUUGGAAGCAUCUAGUUGGCCACUGGAAUGCUAGACUAGACUUUUGAUCUGCUCUAGCAAGACCCUUCUUAUGUCCUUAUGUUCUUAUGUUUACAGCAUAGAGCCCCUGAUGUUCCCUUGAACAUUUCAUUAUUGCAUGAAGGGGACUUAAUUUUUUUCAAGUGAAGCAUGGCAGCACACAGUGUUAAGGCAGGAGGAACAAGAGAACGGGACUGCCAACUGGCAAUUAUCAGACAUUCCUAAGAAAUCAUGAUGUUCAGGGUAAGCACAAAGUUCUCAAACUUCGGUAGACAAGGUAAUAGACUGCCAAUGUGGACACCUGCCUGCUGAAUGUUUUAUUAAGGUCCACAAAUAAUAACAUACUGGAGAUCCCGAGUCACAAGGUGGUUAGACUGGCCUCGACCAGGACCAGGGCCUUCUCAGUACUAGCCCCGACCUGGUGGAACGCUCUCUCUCAGGAGACUAGGGCCCAGCGGGAGCUGUCAUCUUUUCGUAGGGCUUGCAAGACGGAGCUGUUCGGCUUGGC